UUCCGUUUCUGCCAACGGGAGCUUAAUGAAACCAACCUUCCACUUCAAGCGCACCAACCCAACAAAAAGACUACCAACAGCUCCACCACGUCCAAAAUUCCUCCGCCCCUGGGUUAAAGGGCAUUCGAGAUUGCAGAACAGUUUAUGGAAUUUCUUUCUGGAUUGUCCUGCAUCACAUUUGAUACUAUCUUCAUCUUCCUUGCACUCUCAAGGAGGUGAGAUGAAGGAGGCACUGGAUCUACCUGCUAGCUUUUGCUUUUGUCCACGUGAUGAGGAAUUGAUACGGGAUUACCUCAGGAACAAGAAUCGCGGUCUUCCACUUCCACUCGAUAUAAUCAAGGAAUAUGAUGUCUACAAGUUCAACCCUGACCAACUUCCAUGUGAUUUCAAGUAUGGGAAGCAGGACGAGAUGUAUUUCUUCAGCACAAGGGACCGAAAAUACCAAAAUGGAUCAUGCCCGAACCGCUCUGCAGGUGAUGGCUUCUGGAAGGCUACAACUGCUGAUCAAGCGGUUAGUGAAAGCAACAAAGUUAUCGGGUACAAGUCGAGAUUGGUGUUUUACAAGGGAAAACCCCCCAAAGGGAAGAAAACUAAUUGGAUCAUGCACGAGUAUAGAAUCAAUAAGCAAGACUGCCCGAACGGUUCUGCUGGGGAUGGUAAAAGUAUGAGGAUGGAUGGAUUCGUUCUCUGCCGAAUCUAUGAGCUUAGGCGAGGUUCUAAGAAGUCCACCCCAAACGGAGAAAACGGAAUGCCUGUGACGUCCUUUGUAGGAGAACCAGCAACGGCUUUGCCACUUCCAGAUGAUGUUAUUGUUAAACUCGAAGAUUCUGGCACCAAGGACAGAUACCUUCCAAAUCUCUGUUCCGAGCCACCAAAGAAUCCCACAUCUGCACCCAUAAAUGGAUUGGGAUUUUUACUGACUCAGCCCAAUCACACCACGACAGUGUCUCCAUCUAAAGAAAUCAAUGGUGACUCUAACUCAAACACCGGGCAAGAGAUUAAUGAGGAAGAUGCAUGCAACAAACGUCAGCCUAGCCCGCCGGCAGCAACACGUCCUGAGAAAAGAGGCCGACUGAGCAAUGGUCAUGCAUUGGUUGGUGACAUAAAUGGAUUGAGAUUAUUACGGACUCCGCCCAAUCACACCACACCAAUGUCUCCAUCUAAAGAAAACAAUGAUGAUUCCAACUUGAACUCCAGGCAAGAAAUUAAUGGGGAAGUUGCACACAACAAAUGUCAGCCUGGCCUGCCGUCAGCAACACGUCCAGAGAUAAGAGGCAGACCGAGCAAUGGUCAUGCAUUGGUUGGUGAAAUUUCAAGAAUGGAUAUGCUUUCAGAUCGGCCAAGUGCACCUACCCAACCACCCGUGGCUAGUGAUCACUACUCCUAUGCAACAUGUUUGGAGGAACUUCAACAGCUAGAAGGGUUGGAUGAUGUCGACCUUGUGCAAGCGGUGGAGGUACUUAAAGAUCUUAAAAAUGCAGUUGCAUUUAUGACACUGAGAGGAACAUUGCGUCUGAAUUGGUUGCGAAUGAAAUGCCGUGGAAGAUGAAAGCUUGAUUAAUUCAAUGAUUUGAGUCUUUGAUUUUCGAAUUUACUUGUUAUGGGUUUGUUUGGUUGCGCUGAAUUUCAUGAAAAAAAUCAUGAAAUCUUGCAUCAAACUAGACUCAUCAGAAGAAAUAAUGGAAUUUCAUGAUACUUGGUGCAAUCAAAAGCACCUUAAAGCAUAAUGAGAAACUAUUUCAUUUUUUAUUGAAGAAGAA